GCGGGAGCCCGUCCCCAUCGCGUCCCCUCAGCCCUCGCCCUGUCGCCGCCAUCUGCUGCUGCGGUGCGAUCGAGCGGCGCGGGAGGAAAAGGUUCCAAAGAUGGCAUAGCAAUAAAGGCACCUUCCAAUGACUGUGAACACCCUGACCGGUGGGUGCAAGCCCAACUCAGUGGCUUCGUGUUGAGCUGGAGGAAAGUGUCUGCAGCCUUUCUGAACACCCUCUUCCGCUGCUAAUUCAUGAGCCAGCAGGAUGCAGUCGCUGCACUGUCAGAACGCCUUCUCAUAGCCGCGUACAAGGGCCAAGCAGAGAAUGUGGUUCAGCUCAUCAACAAGGGGGCCAAGGUAGCGGUUACCAAGCAUGGCCGGACACCCCUGCACCUUGCUGCCAACAAGGGCCAUCUUUCUGUGGUCCAGAUCCUGCUGAAGGCUGGCUGUGACCUUGAUGUCCAGGAUGAUAUACUGAUCUUGCUGGCAUGGGAAAGCCUGAGAAUUAGUGGAAGAAUGACCUCCAGUGGCCUGGAGUGGGAUUAUUAUGAAAUCCAACCUGUGGAAACCAGUUCUUUAGAGUAUGCAACUCCAGCAGCCAGUUCUCUCUUGCUUCCUGCCAAUCCUGCCCACUCUGAGUGGAGGAGCCCUGAUGCCAUCUUUGAUUGGUCCAUGAGCAGUCACACGGCCCCAACCUCAGAAAUAGUCCAGGACCCUGUGGCCACAGAAACAUACCUGAAGGAAGAAAAAAAUAAGAAAAACCAGAGAAGAAAGGCUAGCAAGAACCCUAGAAGAUCAGAGGGAGACAAUGAGGGGGACCAGACCGCCUUGCACCGGGCCGCAGUGGUGGGGAACACGGAGGUCAUCGCGGCACUCAUCCAGGAGGGCUGUGCCCUGGACAGGCAGGACAAGGAUGGGAAUACAGCCCUGCAUGAAGCGUCCUGGCACGGUUUCAGCCAGUCUGCCAAGCUGCUCAUUAAAGCAGGAGCAAACGUACUUGCCAAGAACAAGGCAGGGAACACGGCUCUGCACCUGGCCUGCCAGAACUGCCACUGCCAGAGUACACGUGUCCUCCUGCUGGGCGGUUCCCGGGCCGACCUCAAAAACAGCGUGGGCGACACCUGUCUGCACGUGGCUGCACGCUAUAACCAUUUGUCCAUCAUUCGGCUCCUCCUCAGCGCCUUCUGUUCUGUCCAUGAAAAGAACCAGGCUGGUGACACAGCCCUACAUAUCGCUGCUGCGCUAAAUCACAAGAAAGUGGUCAGACUCCUCCUGGAAGCCGGAGCAGACGGGACCAUUGUUAAUAAUGCAGGCCAGACUCCGCUGGAGACUGCCCGCUACCACAAUAACCCAGAAGUCGCUCUUCUCCUCACCAAAGCUCCCCAGGUCUUGCGCUUCAGUCGUGGGCGAAGCCUGCGGAAAAAGAGGGAGAGGCUCAAGGGAGAAAGGAGAGCUCAGUCUGUGCCCAGGGAUGAGGUGGCCCAAAGCAAGGGAAGUAUGUCUGCUGGAGACACGCCCAGCAGUGACCAGGCUGUGCCCAAGCAAGAGGAGCCCAGAGAAGAUUUUCUGGCAGCCUCUCCAGAGCCCAGAGCCAAGAAUAACAACCAGAGGGGAAAGUCGAAGACCAAGGUGUCGGCAUAUUCUGACCCCACCCCAGCAGAAGACCAGCCACCAGGACACCAGAAGAACUCACACGCUCACAGUCACGCUAAAAAGAGGAACAGGCACCGGUGUUCGUCCCCACCCCCGCCCCAUGAGUUCAGAGCAUACCAGCUGUACACGUUGUACCGGGGGAAGGAUGGCAAAGUGAUGCAGGCACCAAUAAAUGGCUGUCGAUGCGAACCCCUGAUCCACAAGCUGGAGAACCAGCUGGAGGCCACAGUGGAGGAGCUAAAGGCAGAGCUGGGUUCGGUGCAGGACAAGAUGAACACGAAGCUGGGGCAGAUGGAGAGCAAGGCCCAGCACCAGAUGCGUGUUUUGGACAAGCUGAUGCUCGAGCGCCUCGCGGCGGAGAGAACCGAGUGCCUGAACCGCCUGCAACAGCACACAGACACGGAGAAGCGCGAGGGAGAGAAACGGCAGAUCUCCUUAGUGGAUGAACUGAAAACUUGGUGCAUGGUCAAGAUUCACAAUCUAGAGAUGAAGCUUUCUGGAGAUUCUAGAGCCUGCAGGGCCAAGUCCGCGCCAUCUACCUGCGAGUCCUCCACAGGUGUGGAGCCGUCAGUGGUGACGGUGGGCCCAGUAGCGGCUUCAGACACUUCCUCGCAGGUGGUCAGGCCCAAGGAGAAGGCCGUCGGCAGCACUGCUCCACACAGACCACCGCAGGAGCUGUCUGCCUCAGACUGUGCAGGCUCCCACCUGCGGAAUGUCAAGGUGCAGACAGCCUUGUGUGACCAGCAGGCCGGACCCUGUGUCCACAGAGGCACCCAAACCAAGAAGUCAGGAAAAAGCAGGCAUCGGGCCCAACAGGCAGCCGCUGGCAACAGCUGUGGGCAGGUGCCACCAGCAACAGGUGGUGAGCAGCCCGCCCCUCACCUCCGAGACACCUCGCAGGCUCUGGAGCUCACCCAGUACUUUUUUGAGGCUGUUUCUACCCAGAUGGAAAAAUGGUACGAAAGAAAGAUAGAAGAAGCACGGAGCCAAGCCAAUCAGAAAGCCCAGCAAGACAAGGCCACACUGAAGGAACACAUUAAAAGCCUGGAAGAGGAACUUGCUAAACUCAGGACUAAGUUUGCUCAGUCACAGAACAGUGCAUCUGGACGUGACCUUCAGUUUUCAAAAUAGUCUCGACAGACUAUCACCAACAUCAGUUGACUGAGAAUGGUAUACUACUCAAGGAAGAGAUGAAGCCCUGGGCGCCAGGAACGCGUGCUCUGAGCAAGGUUCUUUUCACUUACCAGAGUAGUUUCUGCUACCUGAAGUAGCCUUGUUGAGACACGCUGAAGACACAUUUGAACUGGACUAUCACGUCACAACCAUCCUAGGCUUGGCUGAGAGUGUUUUGAAUACACUCCUGCCCUUCAGAAUCGGGCAUCAUCUUGGGAACUGAAUGUCCCAGUCAAAAAGUCGCUAUCUGGGAAGGAGGAAGGUCGGAUGGACGCAGUCCGGCACACUACCCGACUCUUCUCUUGCUUCUCCAUAGCAGACCGUCAGAAGCAGGGGUCCGCCUCCUGGAGACAGACCAGGUGGCAGCGCUCUAUCUCCAGCCCCUGGGCUUGUUCUGGUUUUUGUUCCAUGGCAUUGUCAAAAGCUUCGCCGCAGAUCGGGUGUGUAUUUUCUCAUGUUUCUCCCUUGUGUUGUCUGCUAAAAUAAGGAAAUGCCCAAUUAUACUUUUUCUUCCACAAAUGUCAGUUUGUAGCCGUCUUGCAGGUCAUAUUUCAAACUGAAGCUGACACUUCAAUAAUUUGGGAGGAUAAUUGGUGUGACAACCCGGGAAAAUUGUACAAUGAUAUGAUUUGCAUUGAGUGUUCUCUAAAUAUCUAUGAUAGAGUGAAUGCAUUAGUUCUAAUCUCACUUUUAAUUCCAGGAGCCAAGAUAAAGUAAGUGAUAUUUUUAUGUUUAUACAUUAUUUUUUGAGUCAAAUGUUGAUAUACUUGAGAGGCAUGUUUGUUGUCUUGUAUUUAAUAUUUUUAUUACCUUGAAUUUGUGUCUCUUCCAAGCAUUAGACAUUGUUCUUGAUGCAAUGGAUCCUUAUUAAACUCCUUAAUAUUUAAAGAAAAAUGACAGUGUGAAUAUUUCAAUUGUUGUGGUUAACUGAGUUUCGUGUGUCCUGGGCGUGCCUUCAGCCAACCACAUAUUACCUAUGGCUAUAAAAGUGUAACUUAGAAUAAUGCAUCCGCUUUAAAGUCAAGAUCAGAUGCAUCACAUCAAAACAAAAUAAAAGCAGCGGUUACAUGGCAAGAUUUCUCAGUGCAAGCUUAAGCAAAUGAUUAAACUGUUGACGGUCUGGAAGAUAAUGCACAAAGGGAGAAAACAGUAUGAUUUGUCCCUGUUGAAUAAUAUGUAAGCCAACAGUGCUGUGGUGUAGUGGGUAAGGCUACUGCCUGCCACACCAACGUCUCAUACAGAUACCAGUUCAAGUCCCAACUGCUCUGCUUCUGAUCCAGCUCCCUAUUAAUGCACCUGCAAAAGCUGCCAAUAAUGGCCUAAGACCUUAGGCCCCUGCACCCAAGUGAGAGACCCAGAAGAAACUCCUGGCUUUAGACCAGCAUGGCUCUGGCUGCUGCAGUCAUUCACAAAGUAAGGCAACGAUUACAGAAUCAAUCUC